AUUAUUUGAAGUGAGAGAAACAGGGUGAUGGAAAUCUGGUUCAUCAUAGUCGUUACACUUUGCGUCGCAGCUCUCAUCAGAUCCAUCUCCGAUGUCUUCAUCUCUUCUAAUCCAGUUUCUUCCAAGAAAAAAACAAAGAAACUACCUCCAGGACCCCCUUCCAUUCCAAUAAUCGGUACCUUCCUCUUACUUCGAAAGUCCUUUCAACUCGAACCCAUUAUCAAAAACCUCAAGCUCAAAUAUGGACCAUUACUCGCUCUCCGAUUUGGUUCCAGUCUGUCGAUCUUCAUCGCCGACCGCUCUCUCGCCCAUCAAGCCCUGAUCGAGAAAGGUGCCAUCUUCUCCGACCGACCUGACAUAUUCCCAAUCCCUCGAUUAUUUAGCAGUAAUCAGAAAAAUAUUAACUCUUCAUCCUAUGGUCCCACAUGGAGGCUCCUCCGCCGGAAUUUAACUUCCGAGAUUCUCAAUCCCUCAAGAGUCAAAUCUUAUACGCAUGCUCGAAAAUGGGUUCUCACCAACCUCCUCAUCCACCUUAAUCGCCACUCUUCCGACGACUUGGUGGUGCCGGUAAUUAAAGAUUUGCAAUACGCUAUGUUUUGCUUAUUAGUAUUGAUGUGCUUUGGAGAUAAGUUGGAGGAAGAAAAAAUCAAGGAAAUUGAAGAAGUCGAAAGGGAAUUAAUAAUGAAUUUCACCAAAUUUAACGUCAUUAAUUUCUUUCCUAAAUUGGGUUCAAUUAUUUUCCAUAAACGGUGGCAGCAGUUAACCCAAAUUCGACAGAGACAAGAAGAUGUGAUCAUCCCAUUAAUCAAAGCUCGGAGAGAAUUCAUCCAAUCAAAGAAACAAAAACAGAGCACUAAAUCUGAAGCUGAAGCUGAAGCUGAAACAGUGGCGUACAUUGACACCUUAAUAGAUCUUGAAUUACUGGAGGACGAGAAGAGGAGAUUGAACGAUUCAGAGAUUGUAGCAUUAUGCAACGAAUUUCUCAACGCUGGAACCGACACAGCAUCGACAGCUUUACAAUGGAUUAUGGCCAAUCUCGUCAAAUACCCAACAAUCCAAACCAAGCUAUACGAUGAAAUCUCCGGCAUAAUGGGUCCGCCGGAAUUCAACUCUUUUGAGAGAGAAAUAAACGAGAAAGAUCUACAGGGGAUGAGUUAUCUGAAGGCGGUGGUUUUGGAAGGGCUUAGACUUCACCCUCCUGGUCAUUUCGUUCUCCCACACAAGGUAACAGAGGAUGUUGAGCUUAACGGGUAUUUGGUGCCGAAGGAGGCGAGGGUGAAUUUUAUGGUGGCGGAGAUUGGGAGAGAUCCUGCGGUUUGGGAGCAGCCGAUGGAGUUUAAGCCGGAGAGAUUCAUCAUUGACAACGGUGGAAAGGGGUACGAAUUGGUGGAUACUGAUAUAACAGGGAGUAAAGAGAUAAAGAUGAUGCCUUUUGGAGUUGGAAGAAGGAUGUGUCCAGGAAUGGGUUUGGCUCUUCUUCAUAUGGAAUACUUCUUGGCGAAUCUGGUAUGGAAUUUUGAGUGGAUUGCCAUUGAAGGGGAUGAAGUGGAUAUGUCGGAGAAGCAAGAAUUUACAGUUAUUAUGGAGAAGCCUUUGCAGACUAAGCUGAAACCUAGAUCAGCUCCUAAGUGAAUGAAUGAAUUGGCUUAUCUUUUAAUCUUAUCAUAUUUUCUGCUUUUGAACUUGGAAGUAACGGUAAUCAUGGUCUGGCUUUUUCAUAAUUAUGUGUUUAGUAAUGGUUUGAACUUGGAAGUAACGGUAAUCAUGUCUGGCUUUUUCAUAAUUAUGUGUUUA